AUGGUGCAAGAAGUCUCUCAUUGGGACCAGGUUCCAGCAGACCCUUACCCAUAUCCGCAUGAUGCGUCCCUAUCUCCAGAAACCACCGCCCUCGUCAUCAUCGACAUGCAGCGGGACUUCUGCGAGCUGGGCGGCUACUUCGACUGUCAAGGCUACGAUGUGGCAGACGCUCGUGCCAUCGUCCCGACCAUUCAAGCCCUUCUCUCUACGGCCCGCAAGGCCUCGUUCCCUGUCUUUUUCACUAGGGAAGGUCACAGGGGAGACCUCUCCACGCUGUCGAGCCGGGAACGAUUCCGAUCUCGCAACAACCCAAGACGUCUUGGAAUCGGAGACAGAGGCCCCUUGGGAAGGUUUCUGGUUCGUGGUGAACCUGGCCACGAUGUCAUCCCUGAACUAAGCCCGUUGCCCAAUGAGACCAUUAUCGAUAAACCUGGGAGAGGUGCCUUUGCUCAUACCGAUUUCGAGCAUAUCUUGCGCCUUCGUGGAAUCCGAAAUUUGGUUUUGACUGGAGUAACCACAGACGUCUGCGUUUCCAGCACCAUGCGAGAGGCGAAUGACCGCGGCUUUGAUUGCCUCAUACUAGAAGACGCAACAGCUGCAGCCACACCAAGUUUGCGUCGAUUUGCACUGGAGUCCGUCAAGAUGGAAGGGGGCGUCUUCGGUUCUGUGACACAGUCGAACAAAAUCGUCGAAGCCAUGAAUUCUUGGGCCUGA